AAAAUCAUGGUAUCUUGUUACCAAAGUACGUCUAUAGAGCUCCGUAUUAUCAAGCUCGUGAAAACGACCAUAUGAAUACGUUUGAAGAUGAUUUAAAAAGGCUGGGCAACUCAAAAAUAAUGCUUUAUUUUAAUAUGAAUAUCAACGAAAUACGCAAAUGUAUUUACGUCCUUAGUACAAUUAGCUGUCAUUUUCAUUUUCCGAUUUGUGACCGAACGCAAAGCGACUAUCAAGAGCAAAAAGUUUGCCGCGAAUCGUACCAUAAUGCUAAACACUUAUGCCAUGAAAUAGUGGAAGUAACUGUAACAUUUGCGAUAAUUCGCUUUCCGGAAAGGAAGAAACUGGCCCGGGGGGAGCUACAACCAUACAGGAAUGCUGGUGAAUCUCCAGAAUGCUGGUACGAAGAUUUUGAAAACUUAACAGAUACACCCAAAGAAGUUGAAUCGACAGGCAAUUUGGAUUGCCUUUACUUAAACGGAAGCAAUUACCAUGGCAAUAUAUCAGUGACAGCCUCCGGUGUUCCGUGUCAGUCAUGGACGGAACAAUGUCCACAUCGUCAUACCAUGAACACCACAUAUCCCGAAUUAAAUAACGCUAAGAAUUACUGUCGUAAUCCCAAGAACUCAGGGCAGCGACCUUGGUGUUUUACUGCCGAGAGGAGCAAGAGAUGGGAGUACUGUGAUAUCCCUAAGUGUACACCAGUUGACGGUAAUUAUGGCAACCUCUCAUUAAUAAAUAGUUGUAAUGUAAGUUGCGGUGAAGGUUUUGAAACAUGGCAACGAGUUUGCAACAAUCCUGAGCCAAAGUUUCAUGGAAAAAACUGUAGUAACAUCGGAGAAUCAGUCGUAUACAGACCUUGUUUAGCUAAACCCUGCCCAGUGAGUGGCGGGUAUGGCAACUGGAGUUUGAGUAUUCCUUGCAAUGUUUCUUGCGGUGAAGGAGUAGAAAAAUGGCACCGUAGUUGUGAUAAUCCAGAACCAAAAUACGGAGGCCGUAACUGCAGUGGGCUAGGAAACUCGGCUGAGUUAAGGAAAUGUAGAAGAAAACGUUGUCUCAUUGCUGGUAUUCAUGGCAACUGGACAAAGUCCUCCCCGUGCAGUGUCACGUGUGGUCAAGGUGUUGAAAUAUGGAUGCGACUGUGUGAUAUACCCUCUGAAGAGUUUAGUGAGAAUUGUAAUGUUUUCGACAAAGAGACGAUUUCUAUCAUCAUUGCUAUUGUUGCUUUUGUGUUUGUCGUCGUAGUUUUGGUUUUGAUCAUUCGAAAACGAAAACCCAAAGAAGAGUCUUCACAUUCAGCAACUCCGGAAAACCGUCCUCCAGAGUACGGUAAUCUAACACCUGGUGGAAAUCCGAUUCCACAACAUUCGCGUGGUGUUGUGCUGUGGAGAAGAGAUUAUAUCAACACGCAUUCUUCGCAGAGCUCUUGGUAUGACAGGCUCCAGCUAUUUCCACCAUUGGCUGUUGAUUGGCUUCGAAACGCGUGGGGAAAUGUUGAUGAGUCUGGCCACCAUGUUUAUGACGUCCUGGGACGUCAUGUCAGAAAUGUCUUCGUUCCAUACGACGAUUUGUGCUUCGAAACAAAUAGGGCACAAGGAGAAAAUGCGACAGAGCUUUACGACACUCCGGAAAGACCCUCAGCUGUCAUUUUGCCAAUGGAAAUUGCUAGUAUUCCCACAACUGAGAUUGCUUGAUCAUGUAUCACAGGACAUACAUGACUCUCUUUCCUGCGUGUCUUAUUUUAAAUGUGGCCGAUUAAACUUCGAAGAAUUCACUUCGUUACAACAAUUUCCAGUAAUUUGU